GGGAGAGGUAGGUGGGGGUCGAUCGGAGACGGGUGGUGGUUUUGUUGGCCUGGUGCUUGGUUUAGGCUGACUCCCUGUGGAUUCAGGCUGUCAACCGAAGUCGCUGCAAAGGAAAUCUCAAGGGGUCAGUACCUACAGUGUCAUCAUGUCAGCGUGGAUCAAACGUGGGAAUUACAACCAGGAAUACCACCACAAAAAAAGCCGAUAUGUGGUUAAAGAAUACAGCAGCUCUGAGGCGAUGGAGGAAAGAUAUGAGCACAAAACACAAGCUCGCAUCCAGGAAGUGGUAAGGACAAAAAUGGUGGACAAAUAUGUGCGUGAGGAGCCCAUGAUCAGGGGACCAAAGUUCCUGGUCAGACUCAGAUCCCACACUGUGUUUGAAAACACUGCAGUCAAACUCUUCUGUACUGUUGAGGGCUUCCCAAUGCCUGUUGUAAAAUGGUACAAAGAUGGUUUGAUUAUGGACAUGUCCUCUGGAAGGUACCUGAUUGAAGCCAAAGGUGGAAUGCAUUCUCUGGAGAUCCCAAGAUGCUCAACUGAUGAUACAGCCCAGUACACAGCAGUUGCUAGUAACAGCCAUGGACAGGCCUCUAGUCAGGCCUCCAUUAUCGUCAAGAGGUUCAAGGAGGAGGAAGAAUCCUGUCCAUAUGCAUGGCUGCCUUUCACAGCUGCCAUGCUUCCCCAGAUCCACUACACUAAAAUCAACAUUACUUUUCUGGAGAAGUUUGGGCCAGUGUUUUCCACCGAGGGAGAAUCUGCCACUCUGUCUGCUACCAUGACCCUGAACCCCAACCUGGCCAACCUGCAGCCUGAGGCACAGUGGUACAGAGAUGACACUCGUCUGUUUGACUCUAAAUGGGUGAAGAUUGAAACUGGCAGAGGAAUUACCACCUUGACUCUUCCUAACCUCUAUAAGGAUGAUGAAGGUCUUUACACACUACGUAUGGUCACUAAAGGAGGCACCGCAGAACACAGCGCAUUUGUCUCUGUUGCAGAUGGUCCUCCCCCAGUCCCUGGUGCACCUGGUGCUCCUAUGGACAUCAAGAUCCACGAUGCCAAUAGAGACUAUGUCAUUGUGUCAUGGAAGCCUCCUAAUACCACCACAGAGGGUCCAAUCUUGGGAUACUUUGUGGACAAAUGUGAGGUUGGUACUGAAAACUGGACCCAAUGCAAUGAUCACCCCAUUAAGAUCUGUAAAUACCCAGUGUCUGGACUGUUUGAAGGACACUCCUACUACUUCCGUGUCAGAGCCGUCAACUCUCAUGGAAUCAGCAAACCAUCCCGCAUGUCUGACCCUAUCGCUGCAAUGGACCCCACUGAGUUUGAGAGGCUCCAUGCCAAAAAGCUUGGAGGAAAACUGGAUGUUGUCUCUUACCAUGAUGAAGUUGAAGCUGAGGGAAAGCCUCCAGGUACUCCAUCAGGAAUGUAUGCCUCAGAAACAGACAGGACCUAUGUUGUUCUGAGCUGGAAAGCUCCUGCAUAUUCCAGCAAGGCUCCCAUGUGGUACUACAUAGAAAAGUCCAUGGCAGACAGUGGUGCAUGGCAGCGUGUUAACACUCAGGUCCCUAUUCGAUCCCCACGCUAUGCCGUCUUUGACCUGGCAGAGGGUCAACAUUAUAAGUUCAGAGUUUUGUCUGCCAAUAUCUAUGGAACCAGCGAACCAUCAGAGCCAACAGGACCCAUCAAGACUCAGGAACUCAAAGGUGUGCCAUCAGCUCCUGGUCAGGUGAUUGCCACAAGGGAAACAGACACCUCUGUACUUAUCCAGUGGGCUCCUCCUAAGGAACCCAACAAUCUGAUUGGCUACUACAUUGACCAGUGUGUGAAGGGGUCGAAAGACUGGACCUCUGCCAAUCACAAGCCUCACAAGAGCACCAAGUUUGUGGUCAGUGGUCUGACCAAAGGAGAAACCUAUGUGUUCCGUGUUCAGGCUAUCAAUGAGCUGGGUCUCAGUGACGAAUCCCAGGAGUCCGCACCUCUGACUGUCAAGGCUGCCCUCACCACCCCCUCUUCUCCUUACGACAUUGCCUUGCUGAACUGCGAUGGCCAUUCAAUGGUUCUGAACUGGAAGAAACCUCUUCAUGAUGGAGGAGCAAAAAUCAAGGAGUAUUAUGUGGACAAAAGACGCAGCGGCACAACCAUGUGGAGGGAGGUUCAUAUCCCACCAAUCACAGAAAGACUUUAUAAGGUGGAGGGCCUGACAGAGGGAGCAGUCUAUCAGUUCCAGGUGUACGCAGCCAACCUGGCUGGUCUCGGACUAGCUUCCAAACAUUCAGCCGACUUCACCUGUGAGGCCUGGACAAUGCCUGAGCCUGGUCCUGCCUAUGACCUGACUUUCUGUGAAGUGAGAGAUAAUUCUUUGGUGGCUGAGUGGCAAAAGCCUGUCUAUGCUGGUUCUGGACCAAUCACAGGCUACCACGUUGAGUAUGCUAAGAAGGGCACUUCUGACUGGACCAGAGCCAACGAGACAGCCGUCAGUCAUCGCUUCCUCAAGGUAACAGGCCUGGAGGAGGGAGCCAGCUAUGUGUUGAGAGUGCGUGCGGUCAAUGCUGCAGGAGUGGGUAUGCCUUCCAUGGCCUCUGACCCUGUGACUGCCAAGGCUGUGGCAGGUUCCCAGGAGGUGUCCUGUGUGGUGGAUGAGAAGUCAGGUGACAUUGUUCUGUCAUUCGAGUCCUGCCAAAUGAACGAGGGAUCUCAGUUCAUCUGGAAAAAAGAUUAUAAAGAAAUCACAGAUUUCUCCAAAGGAGUGGUGAUUAAGACUGAAAGCAGCCACUCUAAGCUGAUCUUUAAGAACCCAGAUAAAGAGGACUUUGGGACGUUCUCUGUGUCUGUCACUAGCACAGAGGGAGUUUCAUCCAGCUAUACAAUCUCUGCUGAAGAGUUGGCAAAGAUGCUGGCACUCAGCUAUGAAAUCAGACAUCCAAUCAUCCCGCUGAAGUCAGAGCUGGCCUAUAAGAUUUUGGAGAGAGGAAGAAUGAGGUUCUGGCUCCAAGCUGAAGAGAUUUCUUCCAAUGUCACCUACAAAUUCUUUGCAAACAACAAGGAACUGUCUGGAGCUGAUCCCAACAAGAUGGGUCAUGACGUCUCUACAGGUAUCAUUGAGUUCAUCAUGGAUCAUUUCACAGAGGAGAAUGAGGGGACAUUUACCUGCCAGAUCACAGAUGGAGGAGGCAAAGCACAGAGCUCACUGGUUCUGAUUGGAGAUGCUUUCAAGGCAGCACUGGCUGAGGCUGAGUACCAGAGGAGAGAGUACAUCAGAGUCAAGGAGGGUCCCCACUUCAGUGAGUUCCUGUCACUUCAGGUUGGAGAUGACUGCUCUGUCACUUUGGUCUGCAAGGUUGCUAACUUGAAGAAGGAAUCAGAGUUUCACUGGUACAGAGAAGACACAGAGAUCAUCCCUGAUGUGAAGCCUGACCUUGGAUCAGGAGUCUGUAAACUGCCAAUUAAAAUGUUUUCACUGAAGACAGCAGGAGUUUAUAAGGCCACCAUCAGUGAUGACAGAGGAAAAGAUAUGAGCCAAAUUGACAUCUCUGGAAAAGUCUUUGAUGAUGCCAUAAAUAAGAUAAGCCAACUGGCUGGAGCCAGUGCAGCAGAGCUGGUGAUUAACUGCACAGCAACAGGCAUUCAACUACAGUGUCACAUGAAGUAUUACACCUCAGAGAUGGACAUCACCUGGUAUCAUGGUGAGACUAAACUCUCGCACAGUGACAAGAUUGUGAUUGGAGGAACACCUGCUAUGGCAACAAUGGAGGUGAUUGAGCCAGUGGAGAAGGACAAAGGAAUGUACUCCAUCGUGAUCACCGACCCUGAAAACUCACAUAAACGCACGCUGGACCUCAGUGGUGAUGCAUAUGAGAAGGCCUACGCUGAGUUCCAGAAACUCAAGGCUGAAGCCUAUGCCGAAAAGAAUCGUGGUAAGGUUGUGGGAGGACUGCCUGAUGUGGUCACCAUUAUGGAAAAGAAGACCCUGAGUUUAACUUGCACAGUGUGUGGGGACCCCAAGCCUCAGGUCUCAUGGUUGAAGAAUGGAGCAGAGGUCGAACCUGAUGAUCAGUAUGUGGUCUCCCUGGACCAGGGCAAGUUUGCCAGUCUGACAAUCAAAGGUGUUUCCAUGGAGGAUUCUGGCAGAUAUACCAUGAUUGUCCAGAACAAAUUCGGAGGGGAGUCUGUGGAUAUAGUGGUGAGUGUGUACCGCCAUGGAGAGAAAAUCCCUGAGGCGAAACCAACUUUGACCCCUAAAACAAUCAUCCCUCCCAAGCUCCCCAUUGAGAUCCCUCAGCCUAAGGCCCAGCCUGCUCCAAGCCCUGCCCCCUCUGCUCCUAGCCCCGCCCCUCCAAAGGCAGCCCCAGGAAGAGGAGUGAAGAGCCCCACUCCUACUAGGAGGAAGUAGAAAGCAUAAACAUCAUAUAAGAUGGAGAAACACUGGUGCACAUGUAGACCACACAUAGUUUAGAAGCUUUGACUGGUAUUGUCCAUUUGGACGAAUAUUAAAAUCAUUAAAUGAAAUGGAGCUAAUGCAUUUUGGCGUUAAAUUAGAGAGUCAAGAAAGCCCUGAUAGCUAAAGUAAUAACUGCAAUACUAUGCAAAAAAAUGAGAAAAGAAGUAUUACUGCGAAAACAACCCACCCUCCUAAAAUGAAUGAAAUAAAAUAAAAAACUACUUCAUAUCUGAACAUGACUAAGUUAGAAAUGAGUUUAAUUUAAUUGAAAUGAACUGAAAUGAAACUUGGAUAAAUCUGAAAUUUGAAUAAAACUAUUGCUGGAAAAAGAAUGAAAUGUGUUUUAAAUUCACACUGGGAUGUAAAAGAAGCAGAACAAUUAAAUGCAUAGUGGUCACAGACAGUCUUGUGUAAAAAAAAAAAUGUUCUUAAACUCCACUUAAAUCCAUUGUACAUCUGGCUAAAACAAAGGUAUUUAAAAAACAGAGAUUAAUUCAUCCACUGUGACUAGACAGACAUUAUAUAGAGUUGUUGGUUACUACCAUGGAGAUGUCUGCUAAGACUGCUGAAGCACCUCAGAGCUAUAUUCACUGUCUCAAAACAUGUUCAAAUAUGCCAACUAUAAAAACUUGAUGUUUUUGAUAUGCUCUCAUCAGUAUCCUGCUGAAAAGACAUGUCUUAUUUUUUAUUGAUGCCAGCAUUUUUGACUGUUUGCCCUUACGAAACCCUUGGCAGAAAUUCUUAAUUCCCCCCCAACACCCCACACCCCCACCCACACACUACAACCACCACCCUUUGAAGCCAAGUUGUGGCCCUGUGGAGAGAGGUGGGCCUACUCUGCCUAUAGCAGAGGUUCUCAAACUUUUUCUGGCACACACCCCUUCAGAAGUAAAAAAAUAAAAUAAAAAAAAGGACCCCCCGUGUUUAUUUUCUCUACAUAAAUCAUUUUCAUUCAACUUAGUUUCACUCCAUAUUUUUCCCCUGGUCAUCCAAGACCCCCUUACCCCUCCCCCCGAACCCCCACACCCCCCACCACCGCCCACUCGCCCGCCCGCCCCCUCACUGGUCUCUGUGGUGGUUUGACUUGGUAUUACGGUUAUAGGACGUGUUUUAUACAUGAAGGAUUUCCUUUACAUGUUUCUGUACAUCUCUCUCCUGUAAUGGUUUCUUCAGGAUGAUGAUGCACAACAAAAACAAAACAAAACAAAACA